UUCUUCUUCUUCUUCACGGCGGUGGACGUCAAAGUUGGAGGAAAUAAGACACGACGAGAGCUGAAAAGAACUUUUAAAAUCCGCUUUUUUUUGGGUCUUAUUUUGUGACGAGAGUCUUUUGGGAGCAGCCGGCGGCGUUGAAGCCUGCUCGGGCACAGCAGGGUGACGUCAGCCGGGGACGCCGUCAAGCGUCCACGACGUCAAGUGUCCACGACGUCAAGUGUCCACGACGUCAAGUGUCCACGACGUCAAGUGUCCAGGACGUCAGCCGGGGACGCCGUCAAGCGUCCACGACGUCAAGUGUCCACGACGUCAAGUGUCCACGCCGUCAAGUGUCCACGACGUCAAGUGUCCACGACGUCAAGUGUCCACGACGUCAAGUGUCCAGGACGUCAAGUGUCCAGGACGUCAAGUGUCCACGACGUCAAGUGUCCAGGACGUCAAGUGUCCAGGACGCCGUCAAGUGUCCAGGACGCCGUCAAGUGUCCAGGACGCCGUCAAGUGUCCAGGACGCCGUCAAGUGUCCAGGACGCCGAUGGACGCGGCGUGUGGAAGUUGAACUUUGACCUCUGUCUGCGGAGAAAUGAUGCGCGGGGUUAACUUGCUAAGUCGAGGUUUGCAAAAAAAAAUGCGUCGUUUUCCGUCCGAGAUUUGAACUGAAAGUAGUCUUCUGGUUCCAGACUAGCAAAGACUUUCAUUUGUUCUAAAAGUUAGCGCAGGUGCUAGCGUGGAGGACUCGUGACAUCUCCUCGCGUGGGAGGUCAAAGGUCAGAGGCGGGAAGACAAUUAGAGAUGUCAAAGGUGAGCUGCUCGCUUGCGGUGACGUCAUUAGUCCGGAGUCGACGUGCCGUGUGUGCGAGUUUGAAGCCGCUUUAAAAGUGCUGGAGGUUUGGACGCCCAGGAUGAGCCUGCAGGGUCCUCACCUGCUGCUCCACUGGCUCUCCGAGCUCCACCUGGCCCGCUACCUGGAGGCCUUCCUGGACAACGGCUACGACGACCUGGAGGUCUGCAAGCAGAUCGGAGCGCCCGACCUGGACGCCAUCGGGGUCGGCGUGGAGGUCCACAGACUCCGGCUUCUGGACGCCGUGCAGAGGCUGAAGGACGCGGACGAGGAGAAGAAGAAAGUCCCGGGCUUCUACUUCACCUUGGAACCUGCUGAGGGUCACCUGGGGAGCCUGCAGGGGUCAGGAAGACCACACCGGCCGGCCUGUCCCGAAAACCACCACCUGAGACUCACGGACUGUAAAGACUUUGUGACUUCUCCCCAACUCAAACUGAAGGUCCUCAUCGGGGACAAAGUGGCCAAGGAUGGAAUCCACCUGGGAGAAGAUCCGUACGCCCGCCAGGACGGCUCCGUGGGGAACCUUGAUGAUCUGUCUGUGGAAUAUUCCGGCCACAACGCCUCCUCCCUGGCAGCGGUGAGUGUGAGGAUGGAGGAGCUGUGCAGACGGCGAGUAGCACAGGAAGUCACGGAGAAGGCAGACUUUGACUCAGCGACCACCUCAGUACACCUGCACUCUCACAUCCAGGAAUCCCUUGGACUGUGCAGCAUGUCGUGCACGCCGGAGACGGACAGGAAGUUUGAUGUGCACAGGUGCAAAUCCGACAGUGACUCAGCAGGGAAAUGGAAGUCCUUUUGGCCGAGUGUGAGGAGGUCCCAGAGAGGAGCCACGCCGCACACCUGUGACUUCCUUGCCAGCGAGGUCACCAUGAGUGACGAGGAGCGCAUCCAGCUGAUGAUGAUGGUGAAGGACAACAUGAUCUCCAUCGAGGAAGCCCUGGCCAGGCUGAAGGAGUUUGAGCUGCAGAACAAACAGACGUGCAGGUCGGAAGCCACCGAGGGCUCGGAGACCUCCGACAAGUUGCCGUGCGAGCUGUGGGACGGCGAACAAGAAGAAGGGAUGAGGUUCAGGAGACUCCAUAAGCUGGUCAGCUCCACCAGGAAGGUGAAGAAGAAGCUGGUGAGGACGGAGGAGGCCAGCAGGACCAGCACAGAAGAGAGUCAAAGUGGAGAUGUGGGCGUGUGGAAGAAACCUUUUCGUCACGUGGACUCGCUGACGUCGGCGCUUGAGGACCACCUGAGCUGCGAGGCGGUCACAUGGCGUCCCCCCAGCGCCCCCCUUCAUCAUCAUCAUCAUCAUCAUCAGGAGGAGGCGGAGACAGUGGAACACACAAGCGACGUCGGCGCGGCGACCAAGAUGGCCCGUUCGGCGACGGACGGAGAGUUGUGCCGCCGUCUCCUCGGCUCGCUGGGCCACCCCGUGAGAGCCUGCAGUUUCGGCGGCUUUGACCUGACCGAGCGCGCGGCGCAGGAAGUGUCGGAGCGCAAGAAAGGCGGCGGCGUGAAAGAAGCGGCGAGGUCCCCGCAGAUGUCUGCCGCCUCCUUGGGGAGGAAGGUGAAGUCCGUGAGGGACACCAUGAGGAGACACAUGACCAGGAGAUACCAGGCCAGUCCGGAUGGUGUUCACAGCUGCCCUCACUCGCCUCGCUUGGACUCUUUGGAGAAGAAGCCAGGAGGUUCUGUGGAAAGCCUGAGGAGCUCCUUAAGUUCCAUGAGCGGUCGGACGGCGAGCACCACCGACUCGUCCAGCAGCAACCGAGAGAGCGUCAAGUCGGAGGACGGCGAGGAGGACGACCCGCCGUACCGCGGUCCGUUCUGCGGCCGCGCUCGCGUCCACACCGACUUCACGCCCAGCCCGUACGACGCCGACGCCCUCAAGCUGAAGCGCGGCGACCUCAUCGACGUGAUCAGCACGCCGCCCGCGGGCACGUGGAUGGGCUUGCUCAAGGGCCGGGUGGGCACCUUCAAGUUCAUCUACGUGGACGUCCUCCGCCAGGAGCACGCCAAGCCCAAGAAGUCGCGGCGGCGCAGGAAGGCCCGGCAGCCCAAGGCCUCGUCCGUGGAGGAGCUGCUGGAGCGCCUCCAUCUCAAAGAGCACCUCCCCACCUUCCUGUUCAACGGCUACGACGACCUGGACACCUUCAAGCUGCUGGAGGAGGAGGACUUGGACGAGCUGCACAUCCGGGACCCUCAGCACCGGGCGGUGCUGCUCACCGCCGUGGAGCUGCUGCAGGAGUACGACGGCAGCAGCGACCCAGAGCCAGAGCGAGGCAGCCAGCAGAAGAAGGCGGCGGCGGCGGCGGACAAUCGCGGCCAGGUGGGAGAUUCCCCGCGCGACUCGGGAUGCUACGAAAGCGGCGACAACCAAGACCACGCUUCUAAUUCUGGGCCGUGACCGCCUGGACGGGGAGAGGCCGCCGUGUUCUCCGUGAGUGCAGGGAAGACAAGCUCACCAAUCGUGCCUACAGAUGCAUGGAUCAAAAAAAGACUUCAAGUGUGUGUGUUUGCACUACAAUGAAGUGUGUGUGUGUGUGUGUGUGUGUUGAGUAAUUAAAAAACAUGUCUAACCAG